CUUUCCAACCACUUAUACGUACCAUCAUUUCCAAGCUUGGAAUUCUCCAGCAAAUACAGCAAGUUUCUCCAUCCACUGUGUUUCAAUUCAGAGUCUUUUCCGUCCUUCUAUUAGUCGACAAGGAGACUGAAAUCAUGGCUGACGAGGCGCAGUACCACCACCACGACGAGAACAAGAGUGGCGAGCCAUGCGACUCCUCCUCACCGGCGGUGGAGGCCACUGAUCGCGGACUGUUCGAUUUCGGGGGGAAGAAAGAGGAGGAGAAGAAAUGUGAGGAGGCGGCGAUUGCCUCUGAGUUUGAGGAGAAAGUUCAGGUGUGCGAGGAACACAAUAAGGAGGAAGAGAAGAAGAAGCAUGAGAGCCUGCUCCAGAAGCUUCACCGAUCGAGCAGCUCCAGCAGCUCUUCGAGUGAUGAGGAAGAAGUAGAGGAAGGUGGAGAGAAGAAGAAGAAGAAGAAGGGUUUGAAGGAGAAGAUCAAGGAAAAGGUGUCCGGAGAAAAGAAGGAAGAAGAUCACAAGUGUGACGAAACACCAACUCAUCAAGAACCUGAAGAGAAGAAAGGGCUUCUGGACAAGAUAAAGGAGAAGCUUCCCGGCGGCAAGAAGGAAGAGGAAGUGGAGGCGCCACCUCCAACGCCGGCGGCCCCCGAGUACACCACCUCAGCUGAGGGGAAGGAGAAGAAAGGCUUCUUGGAAAAGAUCAAGGAGAAAAUCCCAGGGUACCACUCAAAGAGCGAUGAAGAGAAGGAGGAAGCUGCGAGUGCGUGCCACUAAGAAAGAAAAUUCAUGUUUGGUUUUCGUUUAAACAAUAAUAAUGAUAUAGUUGUGAUUUGGAGUGUCGAUGAUGAUGGUUAUGGUAUUGUGUGGGUGGCUUGUUAAUAGUGUUGUUAUGCUCUAUAUAUGAGCUUUAUUUAUGUCUGAAGUUGAAGUUUGUUAAGGGAUUUCCAGUUUCAUCAUUGUACCAUAGUCCUAGAAUGUGUCCAUAUAUAUAUAUAUAUAUUGUUUGUUUUAAUACAAGGAUCGAUAUAUUGUUCCUU